AUGCGCUUCUGGAAUGAUUCGGAUUCGGAAGAUGCUCUACCCCGCGGGAGUUCUUCUUCGCGUUGGCCCACAGGCCCAGCGAUCCGUUCUGUACUUUUGGUGCUCCUCAUUGGCCUAGGAUCUCACAGCAGCAAGAAUGCUCUGGCACCAGCCGCGCCGUUUCUGGAAGCUCAGGGAAUGUCGCCUUUGUUGUACUCCCUUGUGGCUGCCUCUCCACAACUGGGUGCGAUUGUUGCACCAAUGUUGUGGGGCAUGGCCUACACGUGGUCGCAUCGUUUGGUGCAACUGCUGGUGCCUUUGGGCGAUUUCUGCGGGCAGUUGGUACUAGCUGUCGGCAUUGCGAUGGUUGACUCGAAGACUUCCCUUGUGGCGUCUCAAGUGACUCUGACUUGUGGUCUCGUGAUCUUUAGCGUGGCUCGUGCGGGUGUUGGUGUGGUCCAGCAUGCGGCGAUGGCACGGUGCCAUCGAGCUCGCUUCAAAGCUGGGCUGGUGCACCUCUGGGAAGCACCCACGUGGGAAUUGAUGUUGAACCCCGAGAAACAUUUUGCUGAUGGCUGCGAUGCUGUGAUCUUUGUCAUGGACUGCACUAGGCGACAGACAGUCGACGAGGUCUUGGCGCACUGGCUACACGUGGCGCGCUAUCAUUGUGCUGAAGAGGCGCCUUUUCUCUUUAUUGGCGCGAUGGGUGACAACUUAGAGGAAGCAGCUGCUCUGCAGCUUCGCCUGGAGAAACUGGAAUUACCAGCUAUGGUAGGCGACUGCAGAGAUCCUUCCUUCGCUAGCGCAGCUUUGGAGGAGCUGUUGCGUAUGGUUCAACACAUGGGGCGGCCAAAGACGCCGCUACUGGCUCCACUGGCACCUGUGAAGCUACCGGAGGCCUUAUUGGGAGAAUUUGCACAGCCCGCGCAAUCUCCAAAACCACCCGGAUCACCUGGACCUUCGCCUGCCGCAACCCCAACCCCUGCAACUCCUACAGCGCCUGCAUCGAGCAAAGUGGGUCCAGGUCGAAUUGGCCAGGCCGCGAAAUACGCGAUGUCCAUGGCAAAAGCUGACGCGACCCCUAGCUGGCAAAUUCCAGGAGAUGAGCUCGUCCGGUACAAGCGGUUGGAUCCAGAAGAUGAGCGGGGUGGACGCAACCCUGCAGAGUACGCAAACUGGAAAGGGAUGCCAGUGGUUGCAAAACGUGUCGCGCGAAGCGAUUUGCUUGCUCGGUUCAAGCAUGACGAACAAUGCCUGCGUCGCUUGCUUUCAGAGCUGCACAACAGCCACUGUCCGCACUUGGCCAAGUUCUACGGUGCCACGUGCAUCAGUGAAGAGAAAGUGUCUCUGGUGAUGGAGUACAUGCCAGGUGGAGAUCUGGAGCGAUACCUAAGGAGCAAGCGCUUGGAAAGUCACCGGCCGUGGGUACCCCCAAGGGACUUGCUCUUUAGCUGGGCGAUCAGUUGCUCCAGCGCGUUGGCUUACCUGGCUGACUUGAAUCCUGCUGUGGCGCAUGGCAACGUAAGGCCAUCGAACUUGCUGCUCUGCACAAAUCUGGAAUUGCGUCUAUCACCAUGUGGUGCUUUGUCGCCAGUGGAGCAUCGGCACCAGGCAGUUGUUGAUGCCGAAAACCUGGACAGCUGCUUGUACUCACCCCCAGAGGUUCUGCGAAAAGAGUCUACGGAGGAGCAGGUCAUUGCGGCGGAUGUUUUUGCGCUUGGAUUGAUUCUUUGGUUCAUGUGCACAGGAGCUCGGCCGUUUCAGAAUUUGGACAACGAUGGCCUGCACAAGCCUCCAGAACACGUCAUGAAGGCAUUCGAAGGCGGCCGCAUUCCAAGGCCCAGACUAGCAGAUGUGUCCCAGGGACUGCAAAUGCAGCAGCUGAUUGGGAAGGCCUGGAGUGAGGAUCCUGGUGAGCGGCCGAGCCCAGCAGAAAUUGUGGAGGAGUUGAAGAACAGGCGUCAUUUGACCAAAGCCGAUGCUGUUGCUCCAUGUGAAAACGACGCGCUGGGAAGUCUUCCAAGACUUUGUCGCCCACUUGGGAAACUUCGAGGAUGCAGGGCACAGGUUGGGAUGAUGUUGCAGCAAUUGCUUUUGCAGGAGGCAGUCUAUUUUCAAAACAAGGGGGCUUGGAAACCUUGCGUGACGUGGUUGGCCCCAGCUGUGUUUGCACCAGUGUGGUCGCAGGCUCAUGGUAGGCUUCGUGGUGAUGAUUUUCUUCGGGCAUUUGGUGGUUGCGACUUGCAACUGGUCGGUUCCACGCGCAACUCGACCUUGCCCUGCUCCUACCGAACCUGGUUUCUGUGGCUGCUGGUGCUGCGCUUUCUACUUGCACCACAUUGCCAUUUGCAAUCACGCGCUCGCCGCUCCAUGGCUGCAAGACCUGGGGUGGCACUCCAGGAUGACCCGGGCGAUUUCCCCGAUCCCAGUGUGCUGAGCUUGCCUUUGUUAGAUGACGAGCCGCCUUCGCCUGGUUGGGGCUCCAAGGCACCAAGAGCAACUUUGAAUGUAGACCACUAUGACUGCUGUGAUGCUUGUGGAGAUGAAGAGCUGCAAUCCACCCAGGCAAUUUGGCUGCUGGGCGUUUGGAGAGCCAUACUGCUUGGUUUGCUUCAUGCUUUUCAGUCAGUCACCAAUGAUUUCCUAGUCUCUCACGGCAAGACGCACACACAGGCAGGGUCCAUUGUGGCAGCGAACCAGCUGCUGGCAAUGGGGCUUAUGCCACUUGUGGCCGUUGGUGGCUACUCGCUCGGCCUACGCUCAACACUGGUUGUGAUAUCAUUCUUGCCUCUUUUGGGUGCAUCUUUCCUUGCUCUGCUGCCGAAUGUGCCGUUUGUCUUGGAAGGUGGACUUCUGUCCAUAGCGAUGGCUUCCACUAUCAUGCCAGUGCUGCCUCUUGUCCUUGUCCCUGCAAACAGCCGUUCUUGCGGCAAGUCUUUCGGGCUUCUGGACAGCCUAUUUGGUCUUGGCCAGGCAAUCUUUACGGUUGCGCUGGGUGCGUUGCGAAAGGAAGGUGGCUUCUCCUUAGCGAUGCCUUUCUUUUGCUUUUUCUUGGCCGUGGCUGCUUUGCUCUCUACUGUGGUGGCUGCAGUGGUGCCCUAG